AUGGGAAGUAAUUGUGUAUGUGGGCAAAGGCAAACAAUCUUAGCAACAUCAAUUGUAAACAUAAAUCAGCCAAUUCAAACACACGAAGUUUACUUGACUAAGCAAACAUCAUCAUCUCAACUAAAUAUCACUUCACUCCCCAAGCGAGGCAAUACUUUCAAGGUAAAACACAAAGCGCCAGUUAUCGAUGAAAGACGCCGCCGAAGUGACGAAGUAAAAGAGCCUUCAUCUGCCUCUGUCUCUGACAAAAUAAAAACCGAAGCCGACAAGAAAAUGAUUCGUGAUGCCCUAACUCCCCCUUCUCCGUGAGUGAGCAAAACCAUUAGAAAAAUUGCUAUUUUUUGACCAAAAACCCACCCUCCGUGAGUGAACAAAAAUUUUUUUUAAUACAAAAAUUUUUAUGGAAAAAAAAAUGUUGAUAUAUAAGUGAUAAUCAUUAUAAUGAAAUCUCGAGCUAAUUCUGCUUAAUAAUUUAAACAAAUUGCUUUUUAAAACAUAAAUUUUAUAAAUUUAAUUAAUAUUUGCUUUCAAAUUUUUGCAAAUUAGGAUUUUUUUAAAAUUAAAAAAAAAAAAUUCUAUAAAAAAUUUCUUUAAAAAAAAAAAAUUAACCCCCUCCAUGAGUGAACAAAAUUAUUUUGUUCACUCACGGAGGGGGGGAGUAAGCAAUCAUUUUAUAUUGAAAAAUCUUGAUGAGGAUUCUUUAAGACUCGUAAUCGAGCAUAUGCGAUUUUAUACUAUAAACCCUCGAGAAAUAAUUUUUACACAAGGUGAGCCUGGGUUUAUUUUUUACGUUUUGUGUACAGGAAGGGUCGAACUGAUAAUAAACGGAGCAUAAAUAAAAUGGCAUUCGGUUCGAGAGAAAUUAGCUUUGCUAAUUUUCUCUCCCUCAUGGAAUUUUAUUUAUAGGGUUAGGUUUUCACUCGAGAACUUCUGGACAGCAAUAGCGGCUUAUUUCUGGGGAUAACCAGAGGAACUGCUCCUCAGUCCUCUCAAAAUUUCGGGCUUUUACCUCUCAGUACAUCCCCAUGGGAGGAUGACCCUUAGGCGGAACACGCGCAGGAGCUGAGUCGAGACAAGGGUGACGGCAUCGCACCGGGUGAGACGUGCAGCAAGGCUCGUGAAGCAGGAGUUGAUAGAAGGCUUGGCCAGGGCUGACCUGUUCCAAGAUGGCUCGCCUACGUCACUAGUUUUGCCAUAGGGUCCUUUUGGGCUGCGGCACUAGACACCUUAAACACCAGAUAAUUUAAGUAAAGUAAGUAAGAUAAUAAACGGAGCAAGAAAAGCUGUAAUUAACGCAGGCUCAGGAUUUGGGGAAUUAGCACUAUUAGAUGAUAGACCUAGGUCUGGGACCAUAAAAACGUUGGAAAGAUGCACAUUGUGAGGGGUUGAUAGAACUACGUUUAAAGAAGCCAUAAAAAUCGUGAAUGCUCUGAAUUUGGAAGAAAAUAAAAAUUUCCUUGACAGUGUACCGCUGUUAAAUCAGCUUACAUCUGAGCAAAAAGACGGGCUUUUAGCUAGUUUGGUAACAGAAAAAUGAAGCAGCGGGCAAAGCAUAGUAAAAGAAGGAGACACAGGGGAUCAUUUUUAUAUUAUAAAGGAAGGCUGUGUGUCAUGCAGUCAAAAGGAAACAGAAAUUAGGCAGAUGUUUAAAGGCGAUUUCUUUGGGGAGCAAGCACUGCUGUACAAUUCGCCAAGAACAGCCACAAUCACAGCUAUCAGUGAAGUAAAAGUUGUAUCUAUAGGAAGGCACGCCCUUAUGGACGUUCUUGGUAGUAAUUUACAACAAAUUUUGUAUAAAAACACACAAAUGAUUGCUAUGGAUAAAUCCCCGAAUUUAAAAAACUUUUCAAAGGAGCAAAAAGGGAAAAUUAUAAAUAUUAUGCGAAUUCAGAAUUUUUCUUCAGGAGAAGUCAUUAUACCCAGAGGGGCGAAUAAAGGAGCAUUUCUAUGAAUAAUCUUAAGAGGAAGCGUCAGAGGCCUUAAAGAAAAAUUGAAUAUUCUUACAUGCAUUGGCGACGAUUUCUUGGUGAAUCCUACUGAGGAAAAAUAUGAAAUUGAUUAUAUAGCUGAAACUGAUGUAGAUAUCGCGGAAAUAAGCAAAGAAGAAAUAGAAAAUUGCGUAGGCGGAAAUAUUGCUGAAAUUCAUGCGAGAAACGAAGCUUUGGCUGUAAUAAAAAGAGUGCAGCUACUAAAAGGACUGACUGAAGAUAAAUAUAAAGAGCUUAUAAGGAUGCUGAAAAUUGUUGAGUUUAAUGAUAAGGAUACAGUUGUGGAGCAAGGGGAGCCUGGAAGUUCGUUUUUCAUAAUAAAAUGCGGAAGGGUCGAUGUGAUAAGAAAUGGUGAAAAAUUGAGAUCGAUCACUAAGCAUGAUUAUUUUGGAGAAAGGUCAAUAUUAUUUAACGACACAAGAAGCGCAACAGUAAAAGCUGAUGGAAGUGUAACUUGCUGGAUGCUAGAAAAAAAUGAUUUUUUAGAAAUAAUUGAUGAAGGAAUACAACAAAUGCUCUUAAGCAGAAUUGAGCUUCAAGAUGACACAAUAGAACUUACUACCCCCCUCCGUGAGUGAACAAAAAAAAUUUGUUCACUACAGAGGGGGGUUAAUUUUUUUUUUUUUAAAUUAUAAAAAAUAUUUUUUUUUCGAAAUUUAAAAAAAAUCCUAAUUCACAAAAAUUGGAAAGCAAAUAUUAAUUUAAUUUAUAAAAUUUAUGUUUAAAAAGCAAUUCGUUUAAAAUUAAACAGAAUUAGCUCUAGAUUUCGUUAUAUAAUAAACAUCAUUUAUAUAUUCCCAUAAAAAAAAUUUUCUAUUAAAAAAAUUUUUGUUCACUCACGGAAGGUGGGUUUUUGGGGCAAAAAAUAGGGAUUUUCCUAAUGGUUUGUUCACUCACGGAGGGGGGGAGUUAGUGAACUUGUUCCUAUAAAACUAAUAGGAAAAGGAGUUCUUGGUAGCGUAUUUUUAACAUGUCACAGAACAAAAAAUACGUUAUAUGCCCUAAAAACAGUAACUCGUGAAAAGAUUUCUUAUUACGGGGUUUAUGACUCCAUUGUCCUCGAGCGUACAAUCAUGAUGCAGCUUGAUCACAUAAUGAUCAUGAAAUUAAUAAAAACUUUUAAAGACCAGCACCGUAUUUAUUUUCUGGAGGAAUAUGUUAAAGGCCAAGAUCUAUUCGAUGUCUUACGACAUAUAGGGAUAUUGUCAGACGCUGAUGCAAAAUUUUAUACUGCAUCGCUGGUUUUAAUAAUCGAGCAUCUUCAUGAGCGCGAUAUUAUUUAUCGUGAUUUUAAGCCAGAAAAUAUUAUGAUAGAUGAUAUAGGGUACACAAAAUUAAUUGACUUUGGGACUAGCCGCAUUUUGAAAGGAAGAUCAUAUACAACUGUAGGGACUCCUCACUAUAUGGCCCCAGAAAUAAUCAAAGGAGUCGGAUAUGGGCUAUCUGUAGACUGGUGAAGUUUGGGAGUGAUGCUCUAUGAAUUUUUAUAUGGGUCCUUACCUUUUGGGGAAGAAGAAAAUGACCCAAUAGCAGUUUUCGAGUGCAUCUUAGAAUACCGAUUAAUUUUUCCUUCCGAAAAUGACCCCAUGUCGCCUUCUCGGCAGCUAAUUCAGCAGCUGCUAAACAAAAACCCAGGCGCAAGAACUGGAGGAAACCUAGGGAAGCUUAAAGAACAUAGGUGAUUUUCAAGUUUUAGCUGAGAUAGCUUAUUACUGAGAAAAAUCAAAAGCCCUUAUGUACCAAAAAUAGAAAUUGAUACCAAUUUAUUAGAAAAAGCGAUUAGGAAAAACAAAACGCUAGAAGCUGCUAUACAAAAAGUUGAAGGCAAAGAUGACUUUAGAAGCAGUGGAAUAAUAAUGAAAGAUACGCCCGCACCUCCUGACUGGGAUAGUGAAUUUUAA